AUUACAGGUUUGCCUGGACUCUAGGUGACUUGCACCUCAGCAAAAACCUUAUUUAAGUCUCUCUCUCUCUCUCUCUCUCUCUCUCUCUCUCUCUCUCAAUUCUCCAUCUCCAACCUUCUCUCUCCCUCUGAUCAGUCUCACACUGACAGAUAUGCUUUGUCUAUCCCCAUUAAUACUCUUCAACUUCACCUUCACCUUCUCUCCCCACUGCUUAAAUUUCACAACCCUUAUCUUCUCUUUCAACUCCCUCAAAGCCUUCAGAUUGCUGGUCUAAUGGCCUCCUCUCAUACUAAACCAGCCCCAAUUAGGCGGCUUUCCGAUCUCCUCGAAGAGCAACAAGAGCCUUUUCUUCUAGAUGUCUACCUUCUAGAGAAAGGCUACUCCAAGAAGAUCUAUAACUCAGAUGCUAGAAACCAGUCCUGGAUCGGUGACUCUUGCAAAAAACUGCUGAGGUUGAGCAGAGAAGGAAUCAAUACUUCUAAGCUACUGAAAUCAGCACUUAAAAAUCUUAUUUUCGACCGGAAUACGUCGAAUUGUGAUCGGAAACCUUCUGGUAGUGGAAGAUUUAGUCUUUAUAGUUAUGAUUCUGAUAAGGAUAAAAAGACCCAAGUCAUGGAAUUGGAUCGAGUUUCAUCAGCUUGCAGUGGAAGGGCACGCAGUUCAUGUCCUGAUGGCAAUGUCAUCUUCUCUUCUGCAGAGAAUUUUAGACCUUUAGAACUUUACAACUUUAAAAAACAGGCUGCUGCAGAUAGAAAACUUCAAUGGGGAUGCAUGGAAGACUGCAAGCAAUUCAGCCCUGUGUCAGUACUAGAACCACCAUCUGAUGAAGGGUCUCCAGGCCACAAUCACAUGGAAUUCUGCCCAAGAACAGGCAAUGGAGAAAAUCCAUAUGCUCUGAAUUUCAAUAUACACAAUGAAGCAUCGGAAGAAGCGAUUCUAUCAGCAUCUCUAUGGGAUCUUCUUGGGGAUGGUUCUUCUCAGCAUUUGAAGAGCAAAAGGGUAUUGCAGCAGACAAAGCAGCUUUUAUUUGAUUGUGUGAGAGAAGUGAUAGAAAGCCAUGCAAGAAAGGAAAGAAGCAAUGAAUGUAUUGGGCCUGAAAAGCUUGGGAAAAUUGUCUGUGAUCAGAUCAUUUCAUGGGGAAAACAAGGUGGGAAUGAAACAAACAUAACUCAAAUGCUAGAAACUGAUUUUUCAGAGAAUGGAAAGCAAUGGAAGCAUUUCCAACCACAGAUCAAAGAGAUUGGGAAUGGGAUAGGAGACGCAAUUUUUUAUGAGAUUAGAGAUGAAAUUGUUUCAGAUAUGCUUGACCUUUUUGUAUUAGAGAGAUGUUGAUGUAUGUUGACGUUAUACUAAUACAAAACUAGUUAAUACUA